GGUCACACUGGUCACAAGCGCAACAAAAAAAAAUUUUGCAAUCUUCACAAAAAAUGAUUUAUUAAAAUUGUGUCUUUAUGCUAUGCACACAACCCAAGGCUAACAUGGGAUACGAUGUCAAUCGAUUUCAGGGAGAAGUGGACGAGGAGCUAACAUGCCCCAUUUGCUCUGGCGUACUGGAGGAUCCGCUGCAGGCGGUCAUGUGCGAGCACGCCUUCUGUCGCGGGUGCAUCAACGAAUGGCUGACACGGCAGCCCACGUGCCCUGUUGAUCGCAACGCUCUGACGACAGCGAAUCUACGUGCCGUGCCUCGUAUAUUGCGCAACCUACUGUCCAGACUAUCAAUUACCUGUGACAAUGCACCGUAUGGCUGCACCGCUGUGCUCAAACUAGACGUAUAUAAUUCUCAUUUAGAGGACUGCAUUCACAAUCCGAAGCGUCCCUUUCCCUGUGAAAAAGGCUGUGGCUUCGACAUACCCAAGGACGAGCUAAAGGACCACAAUUGCGUGCGGGAGCUGCGCACGCUGAUUGUCAAGCAAACUGAGAAAAUGGGGGAGCUCAAAUCGGAGCUUACUGACCAGCAGCUGACCAUCAAUGAACUGAAAAGGGAGCUGCAGCUGUUCAAGGACUUUAUGCGUGCCAUGCGCGUCUCCAAUCCGGCAAUGCGCGCGAUAGCCGACCAGAUGGAGCGUGACGAGGUUAUUCGCUGGAGCAGCGCCCUGCCCCGAGCCAGGGUCACGCGCUGGGGAGGAAUGAUCUCUACGCCCGAUGAUGCACUGCAGCUCAUGAUCAAGCGCGCUCUGUCCGAGUCGGGCUGUCCACCACACAUUCUGGAUAGUUUAAUGGAGUUCUGCCAUGAGAGACGCUGGCCGCGAGGCCUUAGCUCGCUAGAAACGCGUCAAAAUAACCGCAGAAUCUAUGAUAACUACAUCUGUCGGCGCAUUCCAGGCAAACAAGCUGUGCUCGUGCUGAGCUGCGAUAACCUACACAUGACUGAGGACGUGAUGAUCGAUCCGGGCUUGGUUAUGAUCUUUGCCCAUGGCAUCGAAUAGGCAACCACUACCACUACUUAUCUUAGGUCAAGUUCUCACAAUAAUCCCCCACCCCAACAGUGCUCAGUUUUGUUGAUUCCUUAACAAUUAAGUUUAAGCAUUGAAAUCGCAUUAAGAAGAAGCUCUCACUCGAGGAUGAACCAUAGGAAGACCAUUACCAUUAUCAUACCAUUCAAGCGCCUCAUGACGACUUUCAAGUUGUACAAAAAACAUUUACUCAUACGUACAGUUAUUUCGGAUCAUUGUUUCUUAUAUUCCAUUUAGCUUGUAACAAAUUAUUCCCCACGUUUAUACACCCAACAGCCAAGAACAUCAACAAUAACAA